UCACCUUCCGAAUGUGAUAAUUAAAACUUUGAAUGUGUCAAUUCCAACGACAUUCCACUAUCAGUUUUGAAAGACGAAAUGUGAACAACAUGAAGGCCUGUAUAUUAUGGUAAAACUAACUGGAAAGAAGAUUGUCGGACACUGCGUUGCUGUUAUUCUUCGCGUUGAUGGAAGCGGUGAAUAUAACGUCAUGAAAGCAACUGGAAGGAAAAUAUCUGGAUGGAAAACAUUUGUCUUUCCAGAACGAUGUGACAUUGCUGAUAUAGAUGUAUCAGAUAUUCAAAUUGCAUUAGGUUGCCCAGACCUCAAUGAGAAAACCAAUGAAUAUGCUUCUUCGGAUAGCCUUUAUUACCCUAAUCUGUAUUAGUACCAAAUUAUUAUCAUUGCCUUUAUUUUCUCAGAUGAGCUGGAAUCACCUUUUUGAUUUUUAUCUUCUAUGGAGUACAAAAUUCAGGUCGCAAUAAAUAUAUUUCACUUUUCUUGAUGCUUUCGUCUAUUUGCAUUUUUAACUAUUGUUAGUCACCUCCUGGAGUUAUAUCUCACCUCAGUGAAAAUC